CAAGUUUUCAACAGCGGCACAUACCACGCUCAGAACGCAAAUAACACGUAGCUUAUCGCUGGUAGCCCACAGGCUCUCGAAGAGGAGGCUUUAAAUAGGAGACGUUAACCCAGCCGGCCGCGGUCAAGUCAGCGUGAAACCUUCCUCGUUGCCCGGCGCCCACCCCGCUCUCAGUAGACAACACUGAAUUAAGCAUGUGCCGAUUAUAGCAGUGCGACUUCUGGCCCACUUUCCACACCUAACUUUUACUUUCGUCUCUCGGCGGAGUGUGGAGCGAUGGGCGCCUGCCUGGGGCGCCUGAAGAAAGGCGGCGAUAAGGAUGGUGACGUAGAGUUUCCACUGAGCUACAGCGACUUGCAAAUUUGCGAUCAUUUCGUGGACCGCCUGCCCAGCCGGCUGCAAGGCCACGGCCUGCACCUGCUGGGGGCGGGGCCGGGGCCGCUGGUGCAGCGCUGGACACACGAGCUGCUCGACAGCGCGGGUGUGCACAGCUACCAGGAUCGCGAGCUGCUGCUCAAACAGCGCGAUCGCAUGGUCGCGGCUGUGGAGCGACACCGGCAGCGCCGCCGCCUCGCCAGCUGCCCCAGCCACAACCGCAUCAGCCUCACCGGCUUCGGCAGCGGCCGCCGCCGGAGCACCGACGUGCCCGGUUUUGAGGCAGUCAGCGGCGGCAGCCACUCCAGCGCUGACGGAGCCGCGACGUCGGCAGACGGCCACGAGGACGAGCACGGCCAUGGCCACGGGCACGGACACGGCGGCGACGGCGGCAUGGCCGCGGCGGCGGCGGCGGCGCACGAGGAUCCGGAGGAGGUGCGCCGCGCGGCGGUGGCGGCGGCGGCAUCCGCCGCCGCCAAGGCGGCGGCGACGGUGGCAGGGAGCGACGGAAGGCCGUUCAAGUUGACCAGCGACUGGCUCACAGCUCGCGGCGGCGACCUGUACCGCAUCAGCGAGGAACGACACGCCUACCUGCGCCACGAGGCUUCAGACACGCUGGAGAAACACAGCGGCGCGCCAGGCUGUGCCGGCGGCGCCGGCGCCGGCGCCGCCGGCAGCCUCGGGGCUGUUUGCGGCGGCGGCGCCGCUGCCGCCGCCGCCGCCGGCGGCUGCGCGGCUCAUGAGCAGGUGGUGCUCGUGGACGCGGCGGCGGAGCGCGCCGCCGCCGCGGAGGCCGGCAUUGGCACGGAGGCCAGCGCGGCGCCGCGUGCGGCGACACCGCCAUCGUCCCCUCGCGGCGGCGGCGGCGGAGCGGGCGGCCCGAAGCUGCUGGCGGCGCGCAGCGGCUCCCACGGCCACGCCGCUGGCACUCAGUCGCGCAUGGGCCGAUUGGCGGGGGCCGCUGUGGCUGCCGUCGGCGCGGCCACCGCCGUGGAGGCGUCAGGCGAGGUGGAGCCUGCACCGGCACCGGAUGCACCUGAGGAGGAUGAGGCCCUAUGGCACCCAAACGAUCGUUACGAUCGCUGUUACCUAGGUCGUAGAUCGUUACCCCUCCGGCAUCGUUACGAUCUCGCUACGAUCUGCUUACCAUCUUAACCAGCCAUGGUAACAGCCUUGUCACGGUCUACGAGGCACACCAGUAACCAUCACUUUGACGCCCGUUACAUGGCAGCCUUGUGCUUUGCUGAAGGCCAACCUCAGUACUAACGUAAGAACUAUGUAGUCCUACCGCUACUCCACAUGCUAGCCAUCUGUCAAGGCUUGAUAGCACGACAAGUGCAGAUGCUCAUGCAACACUUAUGCAACACUACCGCAAGUCCAUACGUACAUGCAACAAUACGCCUAGUCAUGUCUGCGUGUGAACGUGCAACUAGCCACUGGCAGCAACCACUUGCAUGUCUGCUGGGCACAACGUCUCUGACCC